AACGCCCUGGCGUCGGCAGGCAGAGUGAUCCAGACACGCUCGCUGCAGGAGGGCCCUCGGUCUCCGUUUGGUUUGGGUGGGUAAGGGUGCUUCUCACCAGCCGGGCCCCGGGGCCUGCUUUGCUGUCGUAAGAAAAAAGCAAGAGAGGAGGAGGAAAAGCCAGCUGCCAGCAACGUGGGCCGUCAACCUCCCCGACCAAGUAGCCCUGCUCUCGAGCCCGGAUCUGGUCUCAAAUGCCGAAGUCUUCAAACUUCUUGGAGGAAGCCGGGCCUGCUCGUAUCCUUGUUUUUCAUCUUCUUUACCAGCCAGCGGCUGUGAUCAAGUGCCAUCUGAAUAGAAAUCCGCCCAGGCUCUAUCUCGUCUUCCGAGCCCGCCAGGGAUCAAGCGAGGCUUGGCCACGCUCCGGUCCGUGCCAUGGUGGAGAAGGAGGGGUCCGAGCUUCCGCGUGACUGCCCCAUUUGCUGGAGCGCCUACGACAACGUCUUCCGGACCCCCAAGCUGCUCCAGUGUCACCACUCCUUCUGCAUCGAGUGCCUGGCCCACCUCAGCCUGGCGUCGGACGGCCGGAGCCAGCUGCCCUGCCCGCUCUGCCGCCACCCCACUGCCCUCCCGCCGGACCACCUUGUCACAGAGCUGCCCACCAACGAGGCCGUCUUGCGCCUCCUUCGGCUGGACCCCAACCCCAUCGUCCUGGAAGGGCAUCGGCUGUGCCUCCGAGAGUCGCGCCAAAGCUGGCAUUUCCUCCGCCAGCCCAGGGUUUACACUUUAGACCUGGGGCCGCAGAUGGACGCCAACGCGGGGCACCCGUCCGAGUCCCCCCAGACGGGGACCACCAGCCUGCCUCGCCGCACGACGCUGCGGGAAUGCGCCCGCAACCCUCAGCUCCGGAUUUUUACUUACCUGAUGGCCAUCAUCUUAAGCAUGACCGUGUUACUCAUCUUCUCCGUCUUCUGGACCAAGCAGUUUCUUGGGUGGGGUGGGGGGUGAGGCGUGCACCCCGCGGGGCAGAACCUGGGGGGUGGGCAUGUCACUGGCUUUGGAACCAAAGACACAGCCGAGUCCCUAAAUUCAGGAAAGGCUGAGAACAUCUCGUGGAUUUGGUUAACCAGGGUCAACAUGAAACACAGAUGUCAUCGAAUUAGCAUCUUGAACAGUGCCAAACCUUCUGACACAAGCGGUGGCUUGUCUUCAAACUGCUCAAGAGUUAUGUACCGCUCUGCUGGAAGAGGAAAACACUGGCGCUUUGACUUUUUCUCCUCUUUACUAUCCGGGAGACUCAGUUCUGGGUAUUAUCAUCAUCAUUUGCAUUUUUCAGCAUCCACCAGGGUGGGGGCUUGGGACCGAUCUCUCCAAGGAUACAAAGGUCUUACUAUAUUCAAAAUUCUAGUAAGAGGCCAGCUUCAGUGAGGGAGGCUCAGCUUUCACACUAGGUGUCAUUAGCUUGCAAUACCCAUCAGUCUUGAAUCAACAUAUGAGACGCUGAAGGAUAAUGGGAAAUGCAACCCAGCAAAGCUCGGCGGGUCCCUUUCCUGCUAUCGCUGGACUACAGCUAUCUGCCGCCUUCCAUUUCUGAACAAGUCCCCCUUCAACUGGGCAAUGGUUUAUAUCGAAUGAGGCAGGGAUUUUGGGUAUGCCGAUAUAUUUUCCUUUCUAGCACCAGGAAAAACACACAGAGAGGGCUGUGUUACAGGUCCAAACUGGCGCUGCAUGGAGGCGAGCUCAGCAAAUCUGGGCCAAGGCGGAUGUCUGGUCGUGAAAUCAUUUGUAUAAUAAAAGAACGAUCCAGUUGGGUUGGGAAGUAUUUUUUUACUCACGGGUGGCAAUUAAGGUGCUGCAUCAGAAAGCCGGAAAAAGAGACACGUUCAAAGUUCAGAGUUUGUUCGCAGCUGAAUGGGAAGAGCCAGCGGAGUUUGAGGAAACAGCCAAAGCACGACAUGCUAAAUUCUUUUUCAUGCAUGGGUUGAGGACGACAGAAAGUGUAAAUGCAGCUGUCCAAAUUAGUAGUUCCAAAGUUACUUCUGAGAUGUGAAGGCGUAAGUUACUUAGAUGCAACUAGUAACGCUGAAUUACUUUCAGAUGUUGUUUUAAAGGGUUUUGAAAGGAAUUUUCC